AGCUGGAGAGCAAGUGGGCCAUGUUGGGUACCCUGAUCCAGGAGUAUGGGCAGCUUCAGCGGUGCCUGGACAACAUGGAGAACCUGUUGAAGAACCACAAUUUCUGGAUCCUACGUUUCCCGCCAGGCACCAAGGGGGAGGCAACAAAGGUCCCAUUGCUGUUUGAUGACGUCGCCUGCAAUUUCUUGGAGCAAGAGUGGAGCGGUCUCAACGAAAGCGAGAAGGUUCUUUAUCGCCACAUCAUGAUGCACAAUUACCAGGUGGUGGUCUCUGUCGGUAAGAGCGGGCUGGCGUCAGGACUAGGCCCGCAGAGAUCAGCCGCAGGAAUCUCGGAGACAAACUAGGCUGCGUGCAGAUCAGAACAUGGAUCCAUGGAAGCUCAGUAGCUUCGCCCGGAGAGGGGCAGUGAGUGCUGCAUCCUGGGCUGCGUCCAGAGAAGGAAGUGUCCACCUAAGGGUGCCAUAGACCUCCAUUUCCCAUUCUUUUUUUUUCUUCAAAGUUUUUUAUUUUUUUUUACAUAUUUUAACUUCUUUUAUAAACCAAGUGUUCUCCUGGUUUUCCCCCCUUUACAUCUUCUAUUAUGCAUAGUACAUUUUACAUCAUAUUUCCAUUUUACAUUUCAGUCAUCUUAUUUUUAUUUCAUAUUCUCCCGCUUAAUUUUAAUUUCUUCUUAAUAUUAGACAGUAUCAUUAUUGGCCUCUAAAAAUAAUCAAAUUUAACAUAUCAUUUCCAUCUAUUAUUCUACGUUACUAUUAAUGACAUAUA